AUGAAAGACUCGUCUUUGCCUGAUUUGGGGUCGAGUGUUGAUUUUGUCACACUAGACAUAAGGGUCCAAGGGUUCUCUACCUCAUCCACGUCGGAUGCAGGUCGAAUGGUGUUGAAUGUGGACGAGGUAGAGGACCCCUACCUCGAUGGAUAUUGCUACCUUUCAUUGUGCAUAUUGUCAAUUUGUCGUUUCCAGUUUUACUAUACUACCUUCGGCUUAUUCUGUCAGGAAAAAAUUCGAAUUGCUCUCUAUGUUCAAAAGGCAGCAUUACAAUUUAUUGAUGCUGGUAAUCGAGUUGAAUACAAAGUAUCAAGUGAGGCAAGAGAUGCUGGUUUUGGUAUUCAUCCAGAUGAGAUUGCUGCUAUUGUUCGCGGCCAUGAUAAUAAGACGUUAGAUGAUUUUGGUGGAGUUGAAGCCAUUGUAAGGAAACUGUCAGUUUCUGUGGAUGGAGGUGUCAGCGAAGAGAGCAUAAAUAUCAGACAACAGAUUUAUGGAUUCAAUCGUUAUACCGAAAAACCUUCUAGAUCGUUCCUGAUGUUUGUGUGGGAUGCACUUCAGGACUUAACUCUGAUCAUUCUCAUGGUUUGUUCUGUGGUUUCUAUAGGUAUAGGGAUUGCCACUGAAGGAUGGCCAAAGGGAACGUAUGAUGGUGUGGGAAUCAUACUCAGUGUAUUCUUGGUAGUCAUAGUUACAGCUGUCAGUGAUUAUAAGCAAUCCCUGCAGUUCAGGGAUUUGGACAAAGAGAAGAAAAAAAUAUUUGUUCAGGUCACUAGGGAUGGGAAAAGACAGAAGAUCUCAAUUUAUGAUAUAGUAGUUGGUGAUGUUGUUCAUUUGUCAACUGGGGAUCAAGUUCCAGCUGAUGGGCUUUUUUUAUCAGGGUACUUUCUGCUUAUUGAUGAAUCAAGUUUGUCAGGUGAGAGCGAACCUGUAAAUGUAGAUGAAGAAAAACCUUUUCUUCUUUCAGGAACCAAAGUGCAGGAUGGUCAGGGGAAGAUGUUAGUUACAACUGUUGGCAUGAGGACUGAAUGGGGAAAAUUGAUGGAGACUCUAAACGAGGGAGGAGAGGAUGAGACUCCAUUGCAGGUUAAAUUAAAUGGAGUUGCUACUAUUAUUGGUAAAAUUGGUUUGACAUUUGCCAUUCUGACAUUUGUGGUGUUGACAAUAAGGUUUCUGGUUGAAAAAGCACUUCGUGGUGAGUUUGCCAGUUGGUCUUCGGAUGAUGCAAUGAAGCUACUGGACUUCUUUGCUAUUGCUGUAACCAUAAUUGUUGUCGCUGUUCCUGAAGGAUUACCUCUGGCUGUCACACUCAGUCUUGCUUUUGCAAUGAAAAAAUUAAUGAAUGACAAGGCACUUGUAAGGCAUCUUUCUGCAUGCGAGACAAUGGGUUCAGCUAGUUGCAUUUGCACAGACAAGACAGGGACAUUGACCACUAAUAAAAUGGUGGUUAAUAAAAUAUGGAUAUGCGAAAACGUCAUCCAGAUUGAAGGUAAUGAGAGUGCAGACAAACUGAAAACAUGUACAUCUGAAGGAGUUCUAAACAUCCUUUUACAGGCUACAUUUCAAAAUACUUCUGCUGAAGUAGUUAAAGGUAAAGAUGGAAAGGACACAAUAUUGGGAACCCCAACAGAAUCAGCACUGUUGGAAUUUGGCUGCCUUUUGGGCGAUGAUUUUGAUGCUUAUUCCAAGCGUAGAGAGUAUAAGAUACUCAAAGUUGAGCCAUUCAAUUCAGUCCGAAAGAAAAUGUCUGUGCUUGUGGGUCUUCCUGAUGGAGGGAUCCGAGCUUUCUGCAAAGGUGCAUCAGAAAUAAUAUUAAAAAUGUGUGACAAAAUUAUUGAUUGCAAUGGGGAAGUUGUUGAUCUUCCCCAAGACCGGGCAAAUAAUGUCUCCGAUGUUAUAAAUGGCUUUGCCUCUGAAGCUUUGAGAACUCUCUGUUUGGCCUUCAGAGACAUAAAUGAAACCCAUGAGGAAACCAACAUUCCAGAUGGUGGCUAUACUCUAAUAGCCUUAGUAGGAAUCAAGGAUCCAGUACGCCCUGGGGUUAAGGAAGCUGUUCAAACUUGUAUAGCUGCUGGAAUAACUGUCCGAAUGGUUACUGGUGAUAACAUAAUUACAGCUAGAGCUAUAGCUAAAGAAUGUGGUUUACUUACCGAGGGUGGUGUAGCCAUAGAAGGUCCAGAUUUUCGUGAUUUGUCUCCUGAGCAAAUGAAUCAAGUCAUACCAAAAAUUCAGGUGAUGGCACGAUCCUUACCGCUUGACAAGCACAAGUUAGUAACGAAUUUGAGGAAUAUGUUUGGUGAGGUUGUUGCUGUUACUGGAGAUGGAACUAAUGAUGCUCCUGCUCUGUGUGAGGCUGACAUUGGACUUGCAAUGGGCAUAGCGGGAACUGAGGUUGCCAAAGAAAAUGCUGAUGUAAUUAUAAUGGAUGAUAACUUCACGACUAUUGUCAAUGUUGUCAAAUGGGGACGUGCAGUAUAUAUAAACAUUCAAAAAUUUGUGCAGUUUCAAUUGACAGUUAAUGUUGUUGCUCUGGUUAUCAACUUCGUUUCUGCAUGCAUCACUGGAUCUGCUCCACUCACGGCUGUUCAGUUGCUUUGGGUCAACUUGAUCAUGGACACUCUUGGUGCAUUGGCCCUGGCUACUGAACCUCCUAACGAUGGACUUUUGAAAAGACCCCCAGUUGCAAGGGGAGCAAACUUUAUCACCAAACCAAUGUGGAGGAAUAUCAUUGGUCAAAGUAUAUAUCAAUUAAUUAUCCUUGCGAUUCUAAAUUUUGACGGGAAGAGGCUACUUGGAAUUAGUGGUUCAGAUGCAACAAAAGUGCUUAACACUUUGAUAUUCAACUCCUUUGUAUUUUGCCAGGUGUUUAAUGAGAUAAACAGUAGAGAUAUUGAAAAGAUAAACAUAUUCAGAGGCAUGUUUGACAGCUGGAUAUUUUUGUUGAUAAUUUUCGCCACCUUGGCAUUCCAAGUGGUGAUAGUUGAAUUCCUUGGAACGUUAGCCAGCACUGUGCCUCUAAACUGGCAAUUCUGGUUACUAAGUUUGUUAAUCGGAGCAGUUAGCAUGCCCAUAGCUGCUAUCCUCAAGUGCAUCCCAGUAGAAAGAGAUACUAGUAAGCAGCACCAUGAUGGUUAUGAGGCACUGCCAUCUGGUCCCGAGCUGGCAUAAAAUAUUAUAAGACUAUGGUUUCGUUCUACUUUUCUUUGUUUUUGGGUCAUGAACAUUUAUUUUCUUCUGUUUUUGUUUAUUUUGGGGAACUAACAUUACCAAAAACAACUGGAUGAACAUUGACAAGAAUGCCUUACCAAGCUACAUUUUUACACUAGGGCACUUCCUGGGUUGCUUUGCUGAUUUCUCCUCCUAUUGUGCUUUUAAUUCUGUCAUUAGUUACGGCUUUGGAAAGACUUGAUACCAUACGGAAUUCCCAGGCAUGACAAAACAUACAUGGGUGUUGGGAAAGAAAUGAUUGAAGGCAACACCAUGAAUGGGACUCUGGAUAAUUUUUUAUGGAAGCACUUCUAGGAGAGAAAAAUAAGAAGAAAAAAUGAAAUAAGUUUUUUUUGUAAGUUAAAGUUAACUUAUAUAUUAACUAUUUUUUAUGGAGAAGUUUAUGAUGAUUUUUCUUCUUAUUUUUCUUUCUUUAAAGUGCUCCUGAAAAAGUUUAUCCAAUUAUGUCAGAUCCAGAUGUUUAAGGAGCAUUUUCAUUUGAGAACAAUUCCAAAAUUUUGCAACUCUUAGUUGACAUAAAUGUUCUUGGAAUUCAUUUAAGAAUCUUGUUGUGCAAAACUCCUAGAAACAUUCGUGCGCCCUUGCUUUACCAGCAUGACAAGGAUGCUCAUGCUAUCUGAUACCAAACAAGCAGAUUUGGAGCCCCUCAUAUUAUGCAUCCCUGCAUUUGAGCAAAGUUUGGACCGUUUGGCUUGCAUCGAAGAGAUCCCAGCACGUGCUACAACAUUUGUAUUUGUUGAACAGAAACUAGGUAGUCCUCGAAAUUUAUAGUUGACUAGUGCAUUUUUGUAAUGUAUGAUAUACUUUUUUUCAUGUUCAUUAUUAAAUAUGUUGUUAUUGGUAUAAAGGCAGAUUGUGCCUACCUUUAGAAUUUUACUUCAGAAUAUAUAUUAAUUUGUAAUAUUGAGACA